ACUGGAGACGACAUUAAAUAUCAUGCACGAAAAUGGAUUUACAACUCCAAAAACCAUAUUAGUUUACAAAAACUGAAAAAAAUUACAGACUUUGAGUCUCCAAACUUUUAACUGGGCGGCGAAAACGCGAGCUUAGGGCGACUCGAUGGUCGUAUAUUUUGACAAAUGGGCUCCUGAUCUUGAACAAAAAUACUAUUCUUAGUCAGAUUAAACCCAAAAUUCUCGAGCUAAGUAUUAGAAGAGGCCAAUGCAACAUUGGCAUUGUCUAUAUUUUUGUUAGCUGCAAAGAAAAAGACAUUAUCUUCGGGUUUCGUUCGGUCUCGUGACUCCCACUCGUACUGCGGGCGCAGCCACCGUGUGACCCACCGAUGGAUCGAGAGACUGGGCUUUAGUGAAAUAUCUGUAAUGGCGGCCUUCGUGUGAUUCGUUGUCGAAGCUGGUUUUUAAGGAAUACGGCACAAACAUCUAUCUUGACAGUAUAGUUGACAUGACUCCUUAAAAAAGAAUCAAAUCUAACAUCCGGGUUCGCGACGGAAGAAACCCAUGGUUUUCGACAAAACGCGGGAUAAUUUUUAAGCCAAUCAUAACCUGCUUCGACGGAUAUGGCAACCAAGAUACCGGAGAAGGCGCACGCAUGCAAGCAUUGCGGACAGUACUUUAACCAGUUAUCAGCUUACAAGGAGCAUGAACGAAUUCACACAGGAGAGAAGCCGUAUACAUGUAAGCAUUGUAAAAAGGGCUUUGGUCGCUCAUCAGAUUGCAAGAGACAUGAACGAACUCACACAGGAGAGAUGCCGUAUACAUGCAAGCAUUGCAAUAAGUGCUUUAGCCAAUUAGGAAACUGCAAACAACAUGAGAGAACUCACACAGGAGAGAAGCCAUAUCCAUGCAAGCACUGUAAUAAGUUCUUUAGCACAUUAGAACAUUGUAAAAGACAUGAACGAACUCACACAGGAGUAAAGCCGUAUUCAUGCAAGCAUUGUAAAAAGUGCUUUAGCCAGUUAGCAAAUUGUCAGAUACAUGAACGAACUCACACAGGAGAGAAGCCGUAUACAUGUAAUCAUUGUAAUAAAAGCUUCAGCUCCUCAUCAUAUUGCAAGCGACAUGAACGAAUUCACACAGGAGUGAGACCACAUUUUUGCAAGCAUUGUGGAAAGAGCUUUAGUCUUUCAGCAAAUUGCAAGGAACAUGAACGAAUUCAUACAGGAGAGAAGCCGCAUAUAUGCAAACAUUGUAAUAAGGGCUUUAACAAGUCAUCCCAUUGCAAGCAACAUGAACGAACUCACACAGGAGAGAAGCCGUAUACAUGCAAGCAUUGUGAUAAAUGCUUUAACAAGUCAUCAAAUUGUAGGCGACAUGAACGAACUCAUACAGGAACGAAGCUAUACACAUGCAACUAUUGUAAUAAGGGCUUUGGCUGCUCGUCAGGUUGCAAGCGACAUGAACGAACUCACACAGGAGAGAAGCCGUAUACAUGCAAACAGUGUAAAAAGUGCUUUAGCCAAUUGGCACAUUAUAAGCAACAUGAACGAACUCACUCGGGGGAGAAGCCGUACACAUGCAAGCAUUGUAAAAGGGGCUUUGGCCGCUCAUCAGAUUGCAAGCGACAUGAACGAACUCACACGGGGGAGAAGCCGUACACAUGCAAGCAUUGCAGAAAGGGCUUUGGUCGCUCAUCACAUUGGAAGCAACAUGAACGAACUCACACAGGAGAGAAGCCGUAUACAUGCAAACAUUGUGAUAAAUGCUUUAGGGACCCAACAGCUUGCAAGGAGCAUGAACGAACUCACACAGGAGAGAAGCCGUAUACAUGCAGGCAUUGUAAUCAGGGCUUUAGCAAGUGGUCACAUUGGAAGCAACAUGAACGAGCGCACACGGGAGAGAAGCCGUAUACAUGCAAACAUUGUGAUAAAUGCUUUAGCGACCCAUCAGCUUGCAAGCAGCAUGAACGAACUCACACAGGGGAGAAACCGUAUGCAUGCAAAUACUGUAAUAAGUGCUUUAACAAGUCAUCAAAUUGUAGGCGACACGAAAAAACUCACACAGGAGAAAAGCAGUAUACAUGCAAGCAUUGUAACCAAGACUUUGGCCGCUUAUCAGAUUGCAAGCGACAUGAAGAAAUACACGCAAGAGACAAUCAGCAUGAUCAGGGCUUUCAACUAAGACACGUUCCGGAGCCAGCUGCAACUCACAGUGGCAAAACGUCUGAAAUGUUGUUUGGUUUGAGUGAAGAAAGUACAAGCGAAGUUGAAAGCUUUACCUGUUGGGUUUAUCAGGAGGAGUUUACCUACGAGACUCUCGCCUCCGGAGAGGCUCAAGGGUUGUUUUUCGGGUAGGGAAAAUCUUCUAGGCGAUGUGAGUGCAGGCACGGGAUUGCGUGAAAGCACUCACCUCGCGCAGCGGAUUUCUAAAACGAACGUUCGAACCUUUGCGGCGGAGGUAUGUACCGUUCAACAUGGCAGUACGGAUUAAAGGUGAUUUCCAGUUCGUACUGCGCAGUCUCGGCACCCUAAUAUUUUAAACAAUAUAAUGGCUCACUCGAUGAAAUGCGAAUCGACGUUAUUGGUUACGAACCACAUACCUUAUCCUUGAGGCCUUUCAAAUUCUUUUCCAACAGCUUCAUUGAUUUUUACAGCUGCGAAGUUGUUUCGUCAAGUGAUAUAAGACAGAACGCAGCAUAAAGCUUCUCCUGCUUUGCAUCCAUAAUGGCGGUUGUUUUGAAACUUUGAAUUCACUUCAUGUAAAUAGGUGCGACUGAAAUGUUUACAUGUUGUGAUGUCUUACAUGAAACAAGACAAAAAACGCAAACAAACUCGAGAAUGCGCAUUACGUACUGGAAAUCAUCUUUAACAUAUGAAAUAAAAACGACGCUUUCUUUUACGCUAUUCUAAGGUAUAAAUCUCGCAUUUAAUUUCCCGGUUGUCCUUGUCUUUUGUUUUUCUUUACAGUGUGUAUGGUAUUUAAAGUAUAAUUGAGUCCUUGAAGGUUACGGUGACAAAUAGUUUUUUAAAGCGUGAAAAAUACGUCAGUCAUAUUACCGGAGAUGAGGUUGCUUGGAAAUUUUGAUAUAGUAACUAGGAACAAAAAAUAAAUCCAGGUGAAGCAGUCUCGUAUGUUUCAGUAAAACCCGGUUAAUAAGGGCACCAAAGCUACACGCCGAAGUGUCGAUAUUAUCCGGGUGUCCGUAUUAAGGGAGAUCACAAAAUAAACGUCAAAAAUACAUGUUUAUCGAUGCCGACAGCACAGACCGCAGCAUUCAAACUCCAAGUAUCUAAACGAUGUGCAAUCUCUUACCUGUGUCUUGAAUUAAUUCACACUGAAGAAGCCUUUCGUUCAUUCAAAUCUGUAAAUGCCCGCCUAAAAAUUAAAAUAAAGUUUCUCCUGAAUCAAUUCACGAUCAAGGACUCUUUUAGUUUUGCAGACUGGGCCAAGGCGUAUAACCAUAACAAUGAAAUUAUGUGCUCGUUUGACGUUAGUUCAUUGUUUACAAACGUUCCACUUGAUGAGACAAUACAAAUUUGUCUUGACAAAUGGUAUGCCCUCCCCGAUCCACCAACACUGUCCCGCUCAGUCUUGAAAGUUCUACUGGAGUUUGCCACAAAGAAGAGUCAUUUCAUAUUUGAUGGCCAAUACUAUGACCAAAUUGAUAGUGUGGCUAUGGGGUCUCCUUCAGGUCCUGUUUUGGCCAAUAUCUUUAUGUACCAUUUUGAAGAGAAAUGGGUUCUUAACAACAACGCUCGCCCUUCUAUUUGGUUUCGGUACGUUGACGAUACCUUCACCUUGUUUGACAGUAAAAACACAGCAACUCAGUUUCUACACUACCUCAAUAACUGUCACGCAAAUAUCAAAUUUACCGUUGAAUUUGAAGAGAACAGU